AUGCGUUCUUUCGCCAUCCUCUCCGCCGCCGGCCUCGCCGCCGCACAGGUCACCACCAUCAUCAUCACCGACGGUAUCACCACGACUCUUACCCUGCCCGCCUUCACCGAGUCCACCUCGCUGGUCACCGUCACCUCCAUCGUGCCCGAGACCACCGUGACCGUCACCCCGGAGCCCACGCCGUCCACCACCGUGGUCAUCACCGAGGGCACCACGACCGUCCCGGCCGGCUUCACCACCACCACUGCCGUCUCCGACUCCGCCGUUCCCCUCCCCUCCUUCACCGAGUCCGCCAGCACCAUCACCCCCGUCCUCCCCUCCGUCACCGGGCCGGCUAGUACCAUCACCGCCGCCCUCCCCUCCGCCAACACCACGCUCGCCACUCUUACCCAGACCUACUUCACCUCGACCCCCAACGCCACCAGCUCCGGCCCCGUCGUCGUGCCCACCGCUGCGGCCGACAAGCUCCAAGGCUCCGUCGUCGGCCUCGUCGCCGCCGGCAUCGCCAGCUUUUUCCUCAUCUAA